AUGCGGGGUCUUCGAUGGUUUGGCCGGGCCGCCGGCUUGGUGGAGUGGGCCAGGGUACUGGGUUUCUCGAAACCAUUAUCUGGGUGCCCAGAGAACCUACAUCACGCAAAGAUGACGAAUCAGACUAUGCAAGUAGCACAGAUUGUGGAGUACAACAAGCCUUAUCGUUUAUGUGAACGGAAAGUCCCUGAAUGCGGCAAGAAUGAGCUUUUGGUCGAGAUUCGGGCGGCAGGCUUUUGCCAUUCAGAUCUGCAGGUCCUGCAGGGGCAUUUCCCAGCGCCUUUACCUUUGAUAGCAUCGCAUGAGCCUGCAGGUAUAGUACGACAGGUUGGAAGAAACGUUGCAGGCUCUUGGAAACCAGGCGACCGCGUUGGGGUUCUGAACUUCAAGAAAGCCUGCGGAGAGUGUGCUGGUUGCAGACAGCUUCAGCGGAAAGGGGGACGUAAGGAUCCUCGCUUUUGCCACAAGAGGGAAAUGGCUGGCUUCAAACACAAUGGUGCAUUUGCUCAAUACAUGAUCGCUGAUCCGGAAACGACUGUACAUUUGCCGGAAAGUGUUACCUUUGAGCAAGGGGCGCCGUUAAUGUGUGCAGGCGCGACAGCUUGGGGUGCUCUACAAAAGCUCCGACCAGAAGUGAAGUCUGGAGACACAGUAGGGAUCGUGGGUAUUGGUGGCGUGGGGAAUCUAGCUGUUCAGUUUGCUAAGGCGAUGGGUUACCGAGUCGUAGCAAUUGACAAUCGUCCAGAAGGGCGCCAACUAGCCAUUGAGGCCAAAGAGCAGCUGAUACCGGACCUCGUCAUAGAUCCAUCUGCGAUCGAUGCUGAUGAUCAAAUUUUGGCCUUCACCUCGGACGAAGGCCUCUCUGGCAUCGUAGUGUGUACGGAUUCGACCCAAGCAAACACUUGGAGUCUUCAGCAACUUGGGAGUAAAGGUGUUAUCGUGCCUCUAGGUCUGCCUAAAGAUAAAUGGCAGUUUGACUCCAAUGCGGUAGUCUUCCGGGAACUUACAAUUCGGGGUAGUUAUGUCGCCGACCGAGAGGAGGUGGAAGAGAUGUUCAAAGUCGUUGGAAAGUACGGAGUCGCAUCUCAUCUCACUAUGGUGGAGUUUAACCAGAUUCCUACCAUCGUCGACCGGUACUUGGAAAAAACGUUGAAAGGCAGAUUAGUCGACAAAAUGCUGCAGCUCUUGGGGUUGGUUGGAGUCGGAGAGUCGGACCCAUGUUACUCCAAAUGGUCGCCACCCUCGUCAAUGUACACCAUUGGCCAAGUAUCGUGA